AUCCCAGGACCCUGAGAUCAUGACCUGAACCGAAGGCAGCAGCUUAACCCACUGAGCCACCCAGGCGCCCUGAGGCAUCAUUCUUGACAGCAAGGGCCCAACAGUUUGAGAGAACAACCUUUUCAAAGCCACACUUAGAGAGAGACAGAGAGAGAGAGAGAGAGAGUGUGUGUGUGCGUGUGUGUGUUUGUUUUAGUAUUUUAUUUAUUUAGAGACUGCAUCUUGGGGUGUGGCAGAAGAGAGAACAUCUCAAGCAGACUGAGUGUGGAGCCCAAUGGUGGGGGGCUGACCUCAUGAGACUGAGAUCGUGACCUGAGCCAAAACCAAGAGUCAGAUGGUUAACUGACUGAGCCACCCAGGUGCUCCUUGAGUAUGUUUUAAAGGUUUGUUAAGAUGAAAUGCUGCAGGUGGACCUUCUGAAGAUUAGGAGGAAGAAGAACAACAUUGCAGACUCUGAAAAAAUAUUGGGGCCAUUCUUCUGACAGCUGUUAUAAGCACAAAUUAAAGACGGAGAAAAAUAGAAGAGGAACAGGAACUGCCUUUAGAUGCUGCUCUGGAAAAACUUCAGUAAUGGAUCAAAGGAAGAAUGAGAGUAUUGUCCCUAGUAUUACUCAAUUAGAAGAUUUUCUUACAGAACACAACUCCAAUGUUGUUUGGCUCCUUGUUGCUACCAUUUUAUCCUGUGGAUGGAUUAUUUAUCUCACAUAUUACAAUUCUCGAAAUGUUGGUCUUAUUUUAACAUUGGUUCUUAAUAGAUUAUACAAACAUGGCUAUAUCCAUAUUGGCUCCUUCUCUUUCUCUGUUCUUUCUGGAAAAGUCAUGGUUCGUGAAAUUUAUUACAUUACAGAAGACAUGUCUAUUAGAAUUCAAGAUGGAUUUAUAAUUUUUCGGUGGUGGAAAAUGUAUAAUCCAAAGCAGAAACAACAUGAUCCAAAGGCAGAAACCAGAUUAUACAUCACAGUCAAUGACUUUGAAUUUCACGUCUAUAAUCGUUCGGAUCUUUAUGGACGUCUUCAAGAAUUAUUUGGUUUGGAGCCAACAAUAAUUCCACCUAAGAAAGAGGAUGAUAAAACACGGGAAAAUGGAAGAACAAGAACCCAGUCCAAAAUUGAAAGAGUUAAAGUAAAAACAGAAUCUCAAGACCCCACAUCUUCAUGGAGAUCUCUUAUUCCAGUCAUAAAGGUCAAUGUGAGCACAGGACGUUUGGCCUUUGGAAAUCAUUACCAACCUCAAACUCUGUGUAUCAACUUUGAUGAUGCUUUCUUAACUUACACUACAAAACCACCUUCUAGUCAUCUUGAUCAAUUCAUGCAUAUUGUGAAAGGGAAACUUGAAAAUGUUCGAGUCAUGCUUGUUCCUAGUCCAAGAUAUGUUGGUCUUCAAAAUGAUGAACCACCAAGAUUAAUGGGAGAAGGGUUUGUGGUGAUGCAGUCAAAUGAUGUUGACAUCUACUACUACAUGGAUGAGCCAGGACUUGUUCCAGAAGAAACAGAAGAAAAUAUUGAAGGAGAAAUGAGCAGUGAGGAUUGCAAAUUACAAGAUUUGCCUCCAUGUUGGGGUCUGGAUAUAGUUUGUGGUAAAGGAACAGAUUUCAACUAUGGGCCAUGGGCCGAUAGGCAAAGAGACUGUCUGUGGAAGUUUUUCUUCCCACCUGAUUAUCAAGUUCUGAAAGUUUCUGAAAUUGCACAGCCUGGGAGACCGCGACAGAUCCUUGCUUUUGAACUGCGAAUGAAUAUUAUUGCAGAUGCUACAAUUGAUUUGCUGUUUACCAAAAACAGGGAAACAAAUGCUGUACAUGUAAAUGUAGGAGCUGGCUCAUAUUUAGAAAUUAAUAUUCCAAUGACAGUUGAGGAAAAUGGUUAUACUCCUGCUAUUAAAGGACAGCUCUUACAUGUUGAUGCUACCACCAGCAUGCAAUAUCGGACCCUUUUAGAAGCAGAAAUGUUAGCAUUCCACAUCAAUGCCAGUUAUCCCCGAAUAUGGAACAUGCCGCAGACUUGGCAGUGUGAAUUAGAGGUUUAUAAAGCCACCUACCACUUUAUCUUUGCACAGAAGAACUUCUUUACUGAUUUAAUCCAAGACUGGUCUAGUGAUAGUGCGCCAGACAUUUUUUCAUUUGUGCCAUAUACGUGGAAUUUUAAAAUCAUGUUUCAUCAAUUUGAAAUGAUUUGGGCUGCUAAUCAACACAAUUGGAUUGACUGUUCCACUAAACAACAGGAAAAUGUGUAUCUGGCAGCCUGUGGGGAAACAUUAAACAUUGAUUUCUCUUUGCCUUUUACGGACUUUGUUCCAGCUACGUGUAACACCAAGUUCUCUUUAAGAGGAGAAGAUGUUGAUCUUCAUUUAUUUCUACCAGAUUGCCACCCCAGUAAAUAUUCAUUAUUUAUGUUGGUAAAGAAUUGCCACCCAAAUAAAAUGACCCAUGAUACUGGUAUUCCUGCUGAGUGUCAAAGUGGUCAGAAAACAGUUAAACCAAAAUGGCGGAAUAUUACACAAGAAAAAGCUGGUUGGGUUGAAUGCUGGACUGUCCCAAGUGUCAUGCUUACAAUUGAUUAUACAUGGCAUCCAAUUUAUCCACAAAAAGCAGACGAGCAACUAAAACAAUCAUUAUCAGAAAUGGAAGAAACAAUGCUAUCUGUAUUAAGGCCAUCCCAGAAAACAUCAGACAGAGUUGUUUCUUCUCCUUCUACGUCUUCACGCCCACCUAUCGAUCCCUCAGAACUUCCACCUGAUAAACUUCAUGUCGAAAUGGAACUUUCCCCAGAUUCUCAAAUAACUCUUUAUGGACCACUAUUAAAUGCCUUCUUAUGUAUAAAGGAAAAUUACUUUGGGGAAGAUGACAUGUAUAUGGAUUUUGAAGAGGUUAUUUCAAGUCCUGUUCUGUCACUGUCAACAUCAUCCAGCUCUGGGUGGACUGCUGUUGGGAUGGAAAAUGACAAAAAGGAAAAUGAAAGUUCAGCCAAGUCAAUUCAUCCGCUUACCUUACGUCCUUGGGAUAUUACUGUACUUGUUAAUUUGUACAAAGUUCAUGGACGUCUUCCUGUUCAUGGAACCACUGAUGGCCCUGAGUGCCCUACAGCAUUCUUGGAAAGACUGUGUUUUGAAAUGAAAAAAGGGUUUCGGGAGACCAUGCUGCAACUUGUCCUGUCACCCCUAAAUGUGUUUGUCAGUGAUAACUAUCAGCGACCUCCUGUGGAUGAAGUACUCAGGGAGGGUCACAUCAAUUUGUCAGGUCUCCAGCUGAGAGCACAUGCUAUGUUCUCAGCAGAAGGUCUUCCUUUGGGAAGUGAUUCCUUAGAAUAUGCAUGGUUAAUUGAUGUGCAGGCUGGAAGUCUUACAGCUAAGGUCACAGCACCACAGCUUGCUUGUCUGUUGGAGUGGGGACAGACAUUUGUUUUUCAUGUGGUAUGUCGGGAGUAUGAACUGGAAAGACCUAAAUCAGUAAUAAUAUGUCAGCAUGGAUUUGACCGUCGGUUCUGUGAAUCCAAGUUGAGUUGUAUACCUGGGCCUUGUCCAACUUCAGAUGAUUUGAAAUAUACUAUGACUCGUUUAGCAGUAGAUGGAGCAGAUAUUUAUGUCGUGGAGCAUGGCUGUGCUACAAAUCUAAAGAUGGGUGCAAUUCGAGUUGCAAACUGUAAUCUCCACAAUCAGUCAGUUGGGGAAGGAAUAAGUGCUGCAAUUCAGGAUUUUCAAGUGAGACAGUACAUUGAACAAUUAAAUAAUUCCAGAGUUGGACUUCAGCCUGCAGUACUACGGAGGGCCUAUUGGCUUGAAGCAGGGUCAGCCAAUUUAGGACUCAUUACUGUUGAUAUUGCAUUAGCUGCUGAUCAUCAUUCUAAACAUGAGGCUCAAAGACAUUUUCUAGAAACUCAUGAUGGCAGAACUAAGAGGUUGUGGUUUUUAUGGCCAGAUGAUACCCUGAAGAAUAAGAGGUGUAGGAACAAGUGUGGUUGUCUCGGUGGCUGCAGAUUCUUUGGUGGCACAGUAACUGGCCUAGAUUUCUUCAAACUUGAAGAGUUGACACCUUCCAGUAGUUCUGCAUUUUCAAGCACGAGUGCAGAGUCUGAUAUGUAUUAUGGACAGUCUCUGCUACAGCCUGGAGAAUGGAUUAUUACUAAAGAAAUUCCCAAAAUUGUAGAUGGUAAUGUGAAUGGCAUGAAGAGGAAAGAAUGGGAAAACAAAUCAGUGGGAAUAGAAGUAGAAAGAAAAACUCAGCACCUUAGUCUUCAAGUACCAUUACGAUCUCAUAGUUCAUCCUCUUCCUCAGAGGAGAAUAGUAGUUCUAGUGCUGCACAGCCCUUAUUGGCUGGAGAAAAGGAAAGUCCCUCUUCUGUUGUUGAUGACCAUUUGGUUCAAAAAGAAUUCUUGCAUAAUGCAAAAAGAGAUGAUGGUCAUGUAAGCAUUCCUACAGAAAUUCCAGGAAACAGCCCCGUGUCUCCUAAUACUCAGGAAAAGUCAGUAGGUCAAUCUCCUUUGAGAUCUCCCUUGAAACGACAAGCUUCUGUAUGUUCCACUCGACUUGGGAGUACCAAGAGCCUUACUGCUGCUUUUUAUGGGGACAAGCAGCCUGUUACAGUUGGAGUCCAGUUUAGUAGUGAUGUCUCCCGAAGUGAUGAGAAUGUAUUAGACUCACCAAAGCAGAGAAGAAGUUUUGGUUCAUUUCCAUACACACCAUCGGCAGACUCCAAUUCAUUUCACCAAUAUCGGUCAAUGGAUUCCAGCAUGUCAAUGGCUGAUAGUGAAGCCUACUUUUCUGCAGCUGAGGAAUUUGAGCCCAUUAGCAGUGAUGAAGGCCCUGGAACUUAUCCAGGUAGAAAAAAGAAGAAAAAGCAAACACAGCAGAUUGACUACAGUAGGGGUUCCAUAUAUCACAGUGUUGAGGGACCACUUACUGGCCAUGGAGAGACCAUUCAGGAUCCCCGAACUCUGCCAUUCAAAACUCAUCCUUCCCAGGCUUCAUUUGUUUCUGCAUUAGGUGGAGAAGAUGAUGUUAUAGAACAUCCGUAUGUUGUAGAGGUUGAGAAAACAGUAGAGAGUGAACAGAUUACUUCUCAACAACCUGUGAUGAAUUGUUAUCAGACUUAUCUUACUCAGUUCCAGGUAAUUAAUUGGUCAGUGAAGCACCCUACUAACAAAAGAACCUCUAAGUCAUCAUUGCAUCGUCCCCUUGAUCUGGAUACUCCAACCAGUGAAGAAAGCUCAUCGUCAUUUGAACAGCUUUCUGUUCCAACUUUUAAGGUUCUCAAACAGGGGCUCACAGCUAAUUCUUUACUAGACAGAGGAAUGCAACUUUCAGGAUCAACUUCAAAUACACCAUAUACUCCUCUGGAAAAGAAAACUGUUGAUAACACAGAUGAUGAAACAUUGACAGAAGAGUGGACCCUGGAUCAGCCAGUCUCUCAGACCAGGACCACAGCCAUAGUUGAAGUGAAAGGGACUGUUGAUGUUGUUCUGACUCCCCUGGUAGCCGAAGCUUUAGACAGGUACAUUGAAGCAAUGGUUCAUUGUGCUAGUACCCGCCAUCCAGCUGCAAUUGUAGAUGAUCUCCAUGCCAAAGUCCUCAGGGAAGCUGUCCAAAAUAGCAAGACUACCUUCUCAGAAAAUCUAUCUUCCAAACAAGAUGUUAGAGGAAUAAAAACUGAACAUGCUACCAUAGGAACGACUAAUCAAGGACAAGCACAGACAAGUCUUAUAAUGAAGCAAGAUAAUGUAACAAUUAAAGGUCUUCAGGCUAAUGUUAGCAUACCAAAGGUAAACUUAUGUUUGUUACAAGCCUCAGUGGAAGAAUCUCCAAGUACAGCUCCUAGUAAAAGUGUGACUCAUGUUUCUCUAGUAGCGUUGUGUUUUGACAGAAUUGCUACACAAGUUCGUAUGAACAGAGGUGUAGUUGAAGAGACUUCAAAUAAUACAGAACCUGGUAGAACAUCAAAUUUUGAUAGGUAUGUCCAUGCCACUAAGAUGCAGCCUCAGUCAUCUGGAUCUCUCAGAUCAAAUGCUGGAGCAGAAAAAGGCAAAGAAAUUGCAGCCAAGUUAAAUAUUCAUCGAGUUCAUGGGCAACUUAGAGGUCUUGAUACAACAGAUAUUGGUACCUGUGCCAUCACUGCUAUUCCUUUUGAGAAGUCCAAAGUUUUAUUUACUCUUGAAGAGUUGGAUGAGUUUACUUUUGUGGAUGAAACUGAUCAGCAAGCUGUUCCAGAUGUAACUCGAAUAGGUCCCAGCCAAGAAAAAUGGGGUUGGAUAAUGUUUGAAUGUGGACUUGAAAAUUUAACCAUAAAAGGAGGAAGACAGUCUGGUGCUGUUUUAUAUAAUACUUUUGGAAUUAUGGGUAAAGCUAGUGUUACAGAAAGAGGUGGAGUGCUGACAUCCAAUAAUUCUUCUGAUUCUCCAACUGGCAGUGGCUAUAAUACUGAUGUCUCUGAUGAUAAUCUUCCUUGUGAUCGAAUAAGCCCUUCUUCAGACUUAAAUGGAAAUUCUGUUUCAGAUGAACAAGAUGAAGGAGUUGAAUCUGAUGAUUUGAAAAAAGAUCUACCUCUGAUGCCUCCACCUCCAGAUUCAUGUAGCAUGAAGCUGACCAUCAAGGAAAUUUGGUUUAGUUUUGCAGCUCCCACCAAUGUGAGAUCUCCUACACAUGCAUUUUCUAGGCAGCUGAAUCUUUUAAGCACUGCAACUCCAGCUGUUGGUGCAUGGCUUGUUCCCAUUGAUCAACUGAAAUCAUCCUUAAACAAAUUAGAAACUGAGGGCACCUUGAGAAUUUGUGCUGUUAUGGGAUGCAUAAUGACAGAAGCAUUAGAGAAUAAAAGUGUACAUUUUCCCUUAAGAAGUAAAUACAACAGACUUACAAAAGUUGCCCGUUUUCUCCAAGAAAAUCCUUCGUGUUUACUGUGCAAUAUACUACAUCACUACCUGCACCAGGCAAAUUACUCCAUCAUUGAUGAUGCUACAAUGAGUGAUGGACUUCCUGCUUUGGUAACUUUAAAGAAAGGUUUAGUUGCACUGGCAAGACAGUGGAUGAAGUUUAUUGUGGUGACACCAGCCUUUAAAGGAGUUAGUUUACACAGACCAGCUCAGCCACUGAAACCUCAAUCAGCUGUGGACCAUGAACAUGAAGAUGGGCUUGGACUAGACAAUGGAGGUGGUCUUCAAAGUGACACCAGUGCUGAUGGAGCAGAAUUUGAAUUUGAUGCAGCCACAGUCAGUGAACACACAAUGCUAUUAGAAGGAACAGCCAACCGUCCUCCACCUGGUGGCUCUGGACCUGUAACUGGAGCUGAGAUAAUGAGGAAACUUUCUAAGACUCAUACCCAUAGUGACUCUGCAUUAAAAAUAAAGGGUAUUCACCCAUAUCAUUCUUUGAGCUAUACCAGUGGGGACACUGCCACAGAUUCUCCUGUGCAUGUUGGCCGUACUGGGAUGCCAGUGAAGGAGAGUCCAAGGAAGGAGAGCCUACUCAGCUACCUGACUGGAAGCUUCCCAAGCUUGCACAAUCUCCUAGAAGGGACUCCUCAAAGAAGUAGUGCAGCUGUAAAAAGCAGCUCCCUAACGAGAACAGGAAAUACAAUGGCCACUGAUAUGUUAUCUGAACAUCCCUUGCUAUCUGAGCCAUCAUCUGUGAGUUUCUAUAAUUGGAUGUCAAAUGCUGUGGGUAAUCGUGGAAGUGUGGUACAAGAAUCUCCUGUUACAAAAUCCGCACACAAUAGUCUUCCAUCAGGUGUUGCACCCAAUCUUCCUACAAUACCCUCAGCCUCAGAUUUCAAUACCGUCUUAUCUAGUGACCAGAAUACUUUGGAUGGAACACACUCUCAGCAUAGCACUAGUCAGGAUGAUGUGGCAGGUGUAGAAGAAGCCAACCAAGGGUUUCCUGCUGUGCAGCUUGCUGAUGCACAGGUUGUUUUCAAACCUCUUCUCAGUCAUACAGGGAUUCAGUCACAGGAUGCAAUGCCACUCUGCUACCGAAUGUACUUCGGAGAACACCUUUCAUUUUCAGGGACUUUGGACUGCCUUAGAGCAGAUAUUGUGGAUUCGGACACAGCCAAAGAGAGAAAAGGCAAAAGAGCAAGAAGGCAAGGUCAUGUGAAUCUUCCUCCACUUGAAUUCAAACCAGCAUUAAUGUUGGAAACCUUUAGCAUCAGCGCUGUUGUAAUGGAAAAGUCAGUGUGCACCCCUCAGAACUCUACCAGUGCUCUUUCUUUUCAUGAUCUCAACAAACGGUAUUAUAAUACCUUUCACUGUAACUUUACUAUUUCUUGUCAGUCAAUAAGCCAGCAUGUAGAUAUGGCUUUGGUUCGUCUUAUUCAUCAAUUUAGUACAAUGAUAGAUGACAUCAAAGCAACUCAGACUGACAUUAAACUUAACAGAUAUACAGCUGGAUCGGCUUCCCCAACACCUACCUUCAAAACCAGAAAACAUCGGGAUUUUCGCUCGUCUGACUUCAGCCGCAGUUCUAGAGGAAGUCUGAAUGGUGGCAAUAGAGUAAACAAUGCAAAGAACAAACGGACCAACAAUGAAAAUAACAAAAAGGAAUCUCGAAACAAAAAUUCUUUAGGAAGAUCUGAAAGAAGAACUUCAAAAGUGUCUAGGAAAGGUUCAAAAGAUGUGGUGGACCAUAUGACUAUUCACAUGGAUGACUCUGAUUCAAUUACAGUGUCAGAACAAAGUGAGCCUUCAGCUGAGUGCUGGCAGAAUAUGUAUAAAUUACUUAAUUUCUAUUCACUUAUCUCUGAUCCAACAGGGAUAUUGGAAAAGUCUUCAGAAACAUUUGGACCAGCAGGAGUUCGGAGCCCUACUGAGCCGACAUGUAAAGUUGUGUUUGAGAAUGAACAAGACAGUAAUAGUUUGACUAAGACACAGAGGAAACGUAGCUUGGUGACUUCCGAACCUCAGCAUGUUACUCUAAUAGUGUUUGGGAUUGGCAUGGUGAACCGCACACACCUGGAGGCGGACAUUGGGGGGCUAACAAUGGAAUCAGAACUCAAGAGGAUCCAUGGUAGCUUUACACUUAAGGAAAAAAUGAAAGAUGUUUUACAUCAAAAGAUGACUGAGACGUGUGCCACUGCUCAUAUUGGUGGGGUUAAUAUUGUGCUGCUUGAAGGGAUUACACCAAAUAUACAACUGGAGGAUUUUCCUACAUCUCCUACAAGCACAGCCAAACAAGAGUUUCUAACUGUAGUGAAAUGUAGUAUUGCCAAGUCACAAGCCCUUUACAGUGCUCAGAGAGGGUUGAAGACUAACAAUGCUGCCGUGUUCAAAGUAGGAGCUAUCAGCAUCAACAUUCCCCAGCACCCUGCCACCUUACAUAGCAUGAUGGUUCGAAGUUCCCACCAACUAUCUAAGCAGAUCUCAGAUCUUAUCAGACAGCCUUCUACAGCCCCACAGCCUAUGAAAGAAGAUAUUGCAACACCCCUACCUUCUGAAAAAACUCCAACAAGUGUUAAUCAAACUCCUAUCGAAACAAAUGAAUUUCCCCAGUUACCUGAAGGUUUAGAAAAGAAGCCCAUUGUUCUUAAAUUCAGUGCUAUGUUAGAUGGUAUAGCCAUUGGAGCAGCACUUUUACCAUCUCUGAAAGCAGAAUACAAAAUGGGAAGAAUGAGAAGUCAUGGGAUGACAGGUGCACAGACGAGGUUUACAUUUGAGCUGCCAAAUCACAGAUUACGUUUUACUUCAAAAGUUUCUGCCACAGAUAUGUCAACCAUUCCUCCUUCUGCCAGCCUCAACCUUCCUCCUGUUACUAUGUCAGGGAAAUACAUAAUGGAAGAACAUGAUAGUUAUUCAGAUCAGGUGUGGAGUAUUGAUGAACUACCUUCUAAACAAGGGUACUAUUUACAGGGAAAUUAUCUACGUUGUGUGGCAGAAGUUGGUUCCUUUGAACAUAAUCUCACAACUGAUCUUCUAAACCAUUUGGUAUUUGUACAGAAAGUAUUCAUGAAGGAAGUUAAUGAAGUAAUACAGAAAGUUUCUGGUGGGGAGCAGCCUAUUCCUCUUUGGAAUGAACAUGAUGGAACAACAGAUGGAGAUAAGCCUAAAAUUCUACUCUAUUCCCUGAACUUGCAGUUUAAGGGUAUUCAAGUAACAGCCACUACUCCAUCAAUGAGAGCUGUGAGAUUUGAAACUGGAUUGAUAGAGCUGGAACUUUCGAACCGACUUCAAACCAAAGCUUCACCAGGGAGUAGCAGCUAUCUGAAACUGUUUGGUAAAUGUCAAGUGGAUUUAAAUCUGGCAUUAGGACAAAUUGUCAAACAUCAAGUUUAUGAGGAAGCUGGUUCUGAUUUUCAUCAAGUUGCCUAUUUUAAAACCAGAAUUGGAUUAAGAAAUGCCCUCCGAGAAGAAAUCAGUGGUUCUUCCGAUAGGGAAGCUGUGCUUAUUACCUUGAAUAGACCAAUUGUUUAUGCACAACCUGUGGCCUUUGACAGAGCUGUGCUGUUUUGGCUGAAUUAUAAGGCUGCCUAUGACAACUGGAAUGAACAACGAAUGGCUUUACAUAAAGAUAUUCAUAUGGCUACAAAGGAGGUAGUAGAUAUGCUACCAGGUAUCCAGCAAACAUCAGCCCAGGCCUUUGGGACUCUCUUCCUCCAGCUUACUGUGAAUGAUCUGGGAAUAUGCCUGCCCAUCACGAAUACUGCACAGUCUAAUCACACUGGAGAUCUUGACAUUGGUUCUGCUUUAGUAUUGACCAUUGAAAGUACUCUCAUCACUGCUUGUUCUUCAGAAUCUCUGGUUAGUAAAGGGCAUUUCAAAAACUUUUGUAUUCGUUUUGCUGAUGGCUUUGAGACGUCGUGGGAUGACUGGAAACCAGAAAUUCGUGGCGAUCUAGUGAUGAAUGCCUGUGUAGUUCCAGAUGGCACCUAUGAAGUAUGUUCUAGGACUACAGGACAAGCAGCUGCUGAAAGUAGUAGUGCUGGAACGUGGACACUCAAUGUUUUGUGGAAGAUGUGUGGGAUCGAUGUCCAUAUGGAUCCUAACAUUGGCAAAAGACUUAAUGCUCUGGGCAAUACCCUUACGACACUGACAGGAGAGGAAGACAUAGAUGACAUUGCUGAUCUAAAUUCAGUGAACAUAGCUGACCUGUCAGAUGAGGAUGAAGUUGACACUAUGUCUCCCACCAUCCAUACUAGUUCAGAUGGAAGUUCAGUAAGUGGAGAUGGCCACAAGCUCACCUUUGGGCAGCGACUUGUAAAUCACCUUCUAGGCCUGACGCCCCCAAAUCAGCGCCAUUCUGUUCCUGCAGAGUAUCUGUGUGACCCAGAGAUGUGGGGCUCCCCUCAGUCUAGCCAGUCCCAUUUGAGAGCAUGCAGAGCUCACUCAUGGGGAAAUGAAGCUGUAGACUAUCGAAGACAAGGAGCAUCUUGUAGCCAGCCAGGAGAACUUAGAGGAAGAAAAAUUAUGAAGCGUAUAGUCGAUAUCAGAGAACUAAAUGAACAGGCCAAAGUAAUAGAUGAUCUUAAAAAAUUAGGUGCAAGUGAAGGAACCAUAAACCAAGAAAUUCAGCGUUAUCAACAGUUAGAAUCUGUUGCUGUGAAUGAUAUUCGAAGAGAUGUUCGUAAGAAAUUACGGAGGUCCAGUAUGCGAGCUGCUUCUCUAAAGGAUAAGUGGGGUUUGGGUUACAAACCAAGUUAUAGCCGUUCAAAAAGCAUUUCUGCUUCUGGAAGACCUCCUCUUAAACGAAUGGAAAGGGCAAGUUCUCGAAUAGGAGAAACUGAGGAGCUCCCUGAAAUCCGUGUGGAUGCAGCAUCUCCCGGGCCCAGAGUAACUUUCAAUAUCCAAGAUACAUUGAAAAAAACAAUAUGGGGAAGUACGCCACAAUCCAGCUGUCCUGGGGAAGGGUAUUUUCAGUUUCCAGAGGAGACAGAACUGGACCUUUUGUCAGUAACCAUUGAAGGACCAUCCCAUUACUCCGCAAAUGGUGAAGGAUCAUAUUCCGUGUUCAGUUCUCCCAAAACUCCAGGAGGCUAUUCAUCAGGCAUUCCUUUCCAGCCUGAAGAGGGCCGACGGGAUGACAGUUUGUCUUCUACUAGUGAAGAUUCUGAGAAGGAUGAAAAGGAUGAAGACCAUGAGAGGGAAAGGUUUUAUAUUUACCGGAAACCCUCACACACAUCUCGUAAAAAAGCAACAGGCUUUGCUGCUGUUCAUCAGCUAUUUACAGAACGCUGGCCCACAGCUCCAGUCAACCGAAGUCUUAGUGGCACAGCUACAGAGAGAAAUAUUGACUUUGAACUUGAUAUACGGGUGGAAAUUGAUAGUGGAAAAUGUGUUCUCCACCCAACUACCCUUCUACAAGAACAUGAUGAUAUAAGCUUGAGAAGGAGUUACGAUAGAAGUUCCAGGAGUUUAGAUCAAGAUUCUCCUUCAAAAAAGAAGAAGUUUCAAACUAAUUAUGCUUCUACCACCCAUUUAAUGACUGGCAAGAAAGUACCAUCUUCUCUACAGACCAAGUCUAGUGAUUUAGAAACAACAGUAUUCUACAUUCCUGGAGUUGAUGUAAAGUUGCAUUACAAUUCCAAGACACUAAAGACCGAAUCACCCAAUGCCUCCAGAGGAUCUUCCUUGCCAAGAACGCUCUCUAAAGAGUCCAAGCUGUAUGGUAUGAAAGAUAGUGCACCAUCUCCUCCUUCUCCUCCUUUACCUUGCAAUGUCCAGAGCAAGACUAACACCUUACUUCCUCCCCAACCCCCACCUAUUCCCUCAGCCAAAGGAAAAGGAAGUGGAGGAGUAAAAACAGCCAAAUUAUAUGCUUGGGUAGCACUUCAGUCAUUACCAGAAGAAAUGGUUAUUAGUCCCUGCCUGUUAGAUUUUCUGGAAAAAGCUCUGGAAACUAUCCCAAUUACACCAAUUGAAAGGAAUUAUACAACUGUCAGUUCACAAGAUGAAGAUAUGGGACAUUUUGAAAUACCAGAUCCUAUGGAAGAAUCGACAACAUCAUUAGUAUCAUCUUCAACAUCUGCUUACUCUUCCUUCCCUGUAGAUGUUGUGGUUUAUGUACGAGUUCAGCCCUCACAGAUCAAGUUUAGCUGCUUACCAGUAUCCAGAGUAGAAUGCAUGCUAAAGCUGCCAUCCCUGGACUUGGUGUUUUCUUCAAACCGAGGUGAACUGGAGACUUUAGGGACCACAUAUCCCACAGAAACUUUAUCCCCUGGAGGUAAUGCUACUCCAAGUGGAACAAAGACCUCUGCAAGCAAAACUGGAAUACCUGGUUCAUCUGGCCUGGGCAGCCCUCUUGGCAGAAGUCGACAUAGUAGUAGUCAGUCAGAUCUGACCAGUUCUAGCAGCAGUUCAUCUGGUUUGAGCUUCACUGCAUGCAUGUCUGACUUUUCUCUUUAUGUAUUUCAUCCAUACGGAGCAGGGAAACAAAAAACUGCUGUUUCUGGGCUCACAUCUGGAUCAGGAGGACUAGGGAAUGUGGAUGAAGAACCCACUUCAGUCACUGGUCGAAAAGACUCACUCAGUAUAAACCUUGAAUUUGUAAAAGUGAGUUUGUCUCGGAUAAGGCGUUCAGGAGGUGCCUCAUUUUUUGAAAGUCAGUCUGUAAGCAAGUCUGCAAGCAAAAUGGACACUACACUAAUCAAUAUAUCUGCUGUAUGUGAUAUAGGGUCUGCCUCCUUUAAAUAUGAUAUGCGUCGACUCAGUGAAAUUCUGGCAUUUCCAAGAGCCUGGUAUAGGAGAAGUAUUGCAAGACGCCUAUUCCUUGGAGACCAAACUAUAAAUUUGCCAACAUCUGGCCCAGGGACACCUGAUUCCAUUGAAGGGGUAAGCCAGCAUCUUUCCCCUGAAUCAUCAAGGAAAGCUUACUGCAGGACCUGGGAGCAGCCUAGUCAGUCAGCCUCUUUCACCCACAUGCCUCAGUCACCUAAUGUAUUCAAUGAGCAUAUGACAAACAGCACCAUGUCACCAGGGACAGCAGCACAGAACCUAAAAUCCCCAGCUUCCAUAAGAUCAAGGAGUGUGUCUGAUUCUUCAGUUCCCCGAAGAGAUUCACUUUCAAAAACAUCAACUCCUUUUAAUAAAUCGAACAAAGCAGCCAGCCAACAAGGGACCCCAUGGGAAACAUUGGUCGUGUUUGCCAUCAACUUGAAGCAAUUAAACGUUCAAAUGAAUAUGAGUAAUGUAAUGGGAAAUACAACUUGGACAACUAGUGGUUUGAAGAGCCAGGGCCGUCUGUCGGUAGGAAGUAAUCGAGAUCGAGAGAUAAGCAUGUCCGUUGGUCUGGGAAGAUCACAGUUGGAUUCUAAAGGAGGAGUAGUUGGAGGGACCAUAGAUGUAAAUGCUUUGGAGAUGGUUGCUCAUAUUUCUGAACAUCCAAAUCAGCAACCUAGUCACAAGAUUCAGAUUACUAUGGGUUCUACUGAAGCUCGUGUUGAUUACAUGGGCUCAAGUAUCCUCAUGGGUAUCUUCAGUAAUGCUGAUCUGAAGCUUCAGGAUGAAUGGAAAGUAAAUCUAUAUAAUACACUGGAUUCAAGCAUGACUGAUAAAAGUGAAAUAUUUGUCCAUGGAGAUUUGAAGUGGGAUAUUUUCCAAGUAAUGAUAUCAAGAUCAACUACACCAGACCUGAUAAAAAUAGGAAUGAAGCUCCAGGAAUUUUUCACACAACAGUUUGACACCAGCAAACGGGCUCUGUCUACCUGGGGACCUGUUCCAUAUCUUCCACCUAAGACAAUGACUAAUAACCUAGAGAGAAGUUCACAAGAACAAUUGCUCGAUGCAGCUCAUCAUCGACAUUGGCCUGGAGUAUUGAAGGUGGUAUCAGGAUGCCACAUAUCCUUAUUUCAGAUUCCAUUACCAGAAAAUGGAAUGCAGUUUGGAGGAUCAAUGAGCUUACAUGGAAAUCAUAUGACACUGGCUUGUUUUCAUGGUCCAAAUUUCCGUUCAAAAUCCUGGGCCCUUUUUCACCUAGAAGAACCAAAUAUUGCUUUUUGGACCGAAGCUCAGAAAAUCUGGGAAGAUGGCUCUAGUGAUCAUUCUACAUAUAUAGUACAAACAUUGGAUUUUCAUCUGGGCCACAAUACCAUGGUUACCAAACCAUGUGGGGCUUUGGAAAGUCCUAUGGCAACAAUAACCAAGAUAACAAGGCGUCGCCAUGAAAACCCACCCCAUGGAGUAGCAAGUGUAAAAGAAUGGUUCAACUAUGUUACAGCCACAAGGAAUGAAGAGCUAAACCUGCUUCGUAAUGUUGAUGCUAAUAAUACUGAGAAUAGCACUACGGUGAAGAAUUCUAGUUUGUUGAGUGGAUUCAGAGGAGGUUCUAGCUACAAUCAUGAAACAGAGACUAUCUUUGCAUUACCAAGGAUGCAGCUUGAAUUUAAAUCCAUUCAUGUUCAAGAACCACAGGAACCUUCAUUACAGGAUGCCAGCCUGAAGCCGAAGGUAGAAUGCAGUGUGGUGACAGAGUUCACUGACCACAUUUGUGUGACUAUGGAUGCUGAGCUCAUCAUGUUUCUUCAUGAUUUAGUGUCAGCUUAUCUUAAAGAAAAAGAAAAAGCCAUUUUUCCACCUCGGAUUUUAUCUACUCGACCAGGACAGAAAAGCCCAAUUAUUAUACAUGAUGACAAUUCCUCUGAGAGAGACAGAGAGGACAGCAUCACUUAUACAACUGUGGACUGGAGAGAUUUUAUGUGCAACACAUGGCAUCUCGAACCCACUCUCAGAUUAAUUUCUUGGACUGGAAGAAAGAUUGAUCCAGUAGGUGUUGAUUAUAUUCUUCAAAAACUGGGCUUUCAUCAUGCCAGGACUACUAUUCCUAAAUGGCUUCAAAGAGGAGUCAUGGACCCCCUUGACAAGGUUCUGUCAGUUCUUAUAAAAAAGCUCGGUACUGCACUACAGGAUGAAAAGGAAAAGAAAGGAAAAGACAAAGAAGAACACUAAAAAAAGUAACUUGAUCUGUGAACAAAUUAAGAUUGUGUCUGUUAAGUUUUAUUACACUGGAGUGCUUUUUUUUUUGUAUAGUAAAAUUAUUUUCAGUAUAACUUAAAAAAACUCUAAUUUUUUGGCCAUUAUAUUGAAAGUUUGUAAGUUAACCUGUUUAUUCUAGUUCCACCAUUCUAUAUACAGUGAAGUAUUGCAUGAUAAUGUACAUUUUGUGAAAAACUAGAUUAAAAUAUAUAAAUCUGCUCAGUAGGGUUUAUAAUUGUAUUAUGUGCAAUACGAUUCCUGCAUCUUUAAAAUAUUUUCAAAGUAACUGUGAAUUUUUGUUACUGGCCAUAACUUUUAGAAAAAAAUCUUGUUGAUAAUGUGAUUUUUUUUUUUGGUCAUUAAUUGCCUUUUCUUUUUUUUAAAUGUAGUCUUGUAUAAAUACCUAUUUGUAUAUAGUUUGAGUAAUUGUGAUAUGAUUACAACUAAAAUAUUGUUUGUAACUAUUGUAAUAAAGUCACAGUAAUUGGUUUCACUCUGGA